AUGGGAUGGAGGCUGGAGGUACCGAUUCUGGCUCCAGGCCAGCCGCAAAGUAAUGAGCAGGCGGCCAAUAAUGGAAGGCACGCAGGAGGCUGGAGUACUCACUGGCUCGCCGUCUGCCUCUUAGGCGGACUCCAAGGGAAUUGGAGGUAG